GGCGUGUGCGUGCAAACGGGGUGUGCGGGCGGGCACGCAGCGGCGGCGUUCGCCGUGCCAACCUUGGUGUUCCUACAAGAUUGCCGUUUAAUGUCAUUCAAGAUCUAAGCAACAUCGUUUCUGCAUGACCACUGCAAAAGGACGACUUCACAGAAUCCAGUUCCUGAUUCGAGAGAACAGUUUGGACCCUGUUUCUGAAGGCAGACUGCAUGAUUUACAGCAUUCAUUUGACUAAAAGUACCCAUGGCAUCUGAAAUGAAUAAUGCCAACUUCUUAUCUGUGACAUUACAAAGGUACUCUUCAUGAAGAAAUAUAAGUGCUGAUAAAUACUCUGGGACAAAGAAAAUUUCUGUGACCAAGGAUGGCUUCUCCCUGGAAACACGUUCUGUUUCUGUCAGUCCUCGGGUGUCUUUCAGAGUAUUCCAAAGCCCUUCCUGGUCUCCCAACUUCAUAUGCUGCUUUGCUAAGAAUCAAGAAAAGUUCAUCCUCAUCCCUCUUUGGGUCAAAGACCAGACCUCGGUACAGCAGUCCUUCCUCAGGGACACUGAGUGUUUCUUCACCAAGUUGGCACGGGGCGGCUCAGCAUUACUAUUCCCCCGUCAGCCUCUACCACCCCUCAGAUGCCUUCAAACAAGAUGAAAGUGUGGACUAUGGGCCGGUGUUUGUUCAGGAACCAGACAAUAUCAUUUUCCCGACUGACUCUGAUGAAAAGAAGGUAGCACUGAAUUGUGAAGUUCGUGCCGACCCAGCUCCCAGUUACAGAUGGCUUCGUAAUGGAACACACAUUGAUGUGGAAAGUGACUAUCGCUACAGUUUGAUAGAUGGCACCUUCAUUAUAAGUAACCCAAGUGAAUCAAAGGAUUCUGGCCAGUACCAGUGUUUAGCAACUAACAGCUUUGGAAGUGUCCUUAGUAGAGAAGCCACACUGCAGUUUGCUUAUCUGGGAAAUUUUAGUGGCCGGACGAGAAGCGCAGUCUCUGUGAGGGAAGGCCAGGGGGUUGUUCUGAUGUGCUCUCCUCCGCCUCAUUCACCAGAGAUCAUCUACAGCUGGGUAUUUAAUGAAUUCCCUGCCUUUGUGGUGGAAGACAGCCGGCGGUUCAUUUCCCAGGAGACAGGCAAUCUUUAUAUUUCUAAAGUGCAAACAUCAGAUGUUGGAAGCUAUAUUUGUCUGGUGAAAAACACAGUGACGAAUGCCCGGGUGCUUAGUCCUCCAACACCGCUCACCCUGCGUAACGAUGGUGUGAUGGGAGAAUACGAGCCUAAGAUCGAGGUCCAUUUUCCUAUCACGGUUACAGCUGCGAAGGGAACAACGGUGAAGAUGGAGUGCUUUGCGCUGGGCAACCCAGUCCCUACAAUCACAUGGAUGAAGGUCAGUGGCUACAUUCCUGGGAAGUCACGACUGCGGAAAUCUCAGGCCGUGCUGGAAAUUCCAAAUGUGCAGCUGGAUGACGCCGGCAUCUAUGAAUGCAGAGCUGAAAACUCCCGUGGAAAAAAUUCAUUUCGCGGGCAAUUACAAAUAUACACCUACCCACACUGGGUAGAAAAACUGAACGACACCCAGUUGGACAGCGGGAGCCCUCUCCGGUGGGAAUGCAAGGCGACCGGAAAGCCCCGGCCCACCUACCGCUGGCUGAAGAACGGCGUGCCUCUCCUGCCUCAGAAUAGGGUUCACACGGUUAAUGGAGUAUUAAUGAUCCACAGUGUAAAUCAAUCAGAUUCUGGGAUGUAUCAGUGUUUGGCUGAAAAUAAGUAUGGAGCCAUUUAUGCCAGUGCUGAGCUGAAGAUUCUCGCUUCAGCUCCUACUUUUGCACCGAAUCAACUGAAGAAAACAAUAAUUGUCACCAAAGACCGAGAAGUCAUCAUAGAGUGCAAACCUCAGGGCUCUCCAAAACCAGCCAUCUCUUGGAAGAAGGGAGAUAAAGCAGUCAGAGAGAGUAAAAGAAUAGCUAUUCUUCCAGACGGGAGUCUACGGAUCCUAAACACUUCUAAAUCAGAUGAGGGAAAGUAUGUUUGCCAAGGGGAAAACAUCUUUGGUUCUGCUGAAAUUGUAGCUUCUGUGUCUGUGAAAGAACCUACAAGGAUAGAACUUACUCCAAAGAGAACAGAGUUAACGGUGGGAGAAAGCGUUGUCCUUAAUUGCAAAGCAAUUCACGAUGCUAGUUUGGACGUCAAUUUCUACUGGACAUUGAAAGGACAGCCUAUUGAUUUUGAGAAAGACGGUGGACAUUUUGAAAGCAUGCGGGCUCAAGCAUCCUCUGCAGAUUUAAUGAUCAGGAACAUCCUUCUGAUGCAUGCUGGGAGAUAUGGCUGCAGGGUACAGACCACAGCAGACAGUGUGUCAGAUGAGGCAGAACUUCUUGUUAGGGGUCCCCCAGGCCCGCCCGGGAUAGUAAUUGUUGAGGAAAUCACGGAAAGCACAGCCACGCUGUCCUGGAGUCCGGCAGCUGACAAUCACAGUCCCGUCAUCUCCUAUAACCUGCAGGCCCGCAGCCCCUUCUCCCUGGGCUGGCAAACCGUGCGGACAGUCCCAGAAACCAUCACAGGAGACAUGGAAUCAGCCAUGGCAGUGGACUUAAACCCCUGGGUGGAAUAUGAGUUUCGAGUGGUGGCCACCAAUCCAAUUGGGACCGGAGACCCAAGCACCCCAUCACGAAUGAUCCGCACAAACGAGGCAGUUCCAAAAACAGCACCCACCAAUGUAAGUGGAAGAAGUGGAAGAAGACAUGAGUUGGUCAUUGCCUGGGAGCCAGUAUCUGAAGAGUUCCAGAAUGGGGAAGGAUUUGGCUACAUCGUGGCUUUCAGACCCAAUGGAACACGGGGUUGGAAAGAGAAGAUGGUGACAUCCUCUGACGCUUCCCAGUUCAUCUACCGAGAUGAAAGUGUGCCUCCGCUGACCCCCUUCGAAGUGAAAGUUGGCGUCUACAACAACAAAGGGGACGGACCUUUCAGCCAGAUUGUGGUCAUCUGUUCAGCCGAAGGAGAACCCACUGCUGCUCCCACUGAUGUCAAGGCUACAAGCAUGUCUGUGUCAGAGAUUCUCGUUGCAUGGAAGCAUAUCACGGAGAGUCUAGGAAGACCGCAGGGAUUUGAGGUUGGUUACUGGAAAGACAUGGAACAAGAAGAUGCAGCAGAAACAGUCAAAACCAGGGGGAACGAGUCAUUCGUCAUCCUGACAGGACUGGAAGGGAACACGCUGUACCACUUCACAGUGAGGGCUUACAACGGAGCGGGAUACGGGCCGCCGAGCAGUGAAGUGAGUGCAACCACCAAGAAAUCCCCCCCUAGUGAAGCACCCAGCAACCUCAGGUGGGAGCAGCAAGGGCCUCAGGUUUCUCUGGGCUGGGAGCCCGUCAGACCUUUAGCCAACGAAUCUGAAGUCCUGGGUUACAAGGUUUUUUAUAGGCAAGAGGGUCACAGCGACAGCCAAGUUAUUGAAACACAAAAACCUCAAGCGGUAGUGCCUCUCCCUGAUGCUGGAGUCUAUAUCAUUGAAAUCCGAGCAUACAGCGAAGGAGGGGAUGGAACAGCUAGUUCCCAGAUCAGGGUACCAUCAUAUUCAGGUGGGAAGAUCACAAGCGCUCAGUCAACGCUGCACACUCUCUCCACAUUGUCAUCCGUGACGUUGCUCUUGGCAUUGAUGAUCCCUUCGACAUCCUGGUGAAACUGCUAACUUAAUUUGCUUUAUUUGCUUUAGCUAAAAAACAGCAGUGAAUGGAAUGUAGUGGAAGUGGAGAUCCAGGAUCCUGAGAGGAGCUGGAACACCUUAGACUGACACAUGGUGCACUUACAGGAGGUUUGGGCGGGGAAGUAUUACUUAUCCAUCAGGUUUCUCUUUGAUUUUUGUAAAUGGAGAGGACAGUUCUUGGUCCAAUGAAAAUAUGCAGAUUGUAUGUAAUGAAAUUUUGUAAGCAAAGAUAAUUUCGGUCAAAUGUCUGAUUCAUUUUAUAUAGGUUGAAUUUGAUUUUAUAUCUGAUGACUGUGUGCCAUCCAUUUAUUAAGAAAGUGGUCUCUAGCAGAUCUAUUUCAAAAACAAAUUCAAUAAUGGGAAUGGAAAGUUUUCUUAAGACUCUAUAUCCAGUGUUUUUCAUUUUCCCUUCAACUGACUAUGACAAUUGCCAAACCUGCAGGAGAUACCAAAAAUACUUCGUCUGUGAGAUCCAUUAUAGGAUAAAUACACAAGUAAUCCUCAAAAAUUAUUAUACAAUUGCAUAGUGAGACAGCAAGUUUUGUCAAUAUGUUAUUCUGCAUUCACCCCUAAAGCAAGUUUUUAGGGUAGAGAAUAAGCCAUUUUUAUUAGAUAAAUAGUGAAUCCAAAUGAACUUACUGUUUUUCAUUAAGCACUGUGUUAUACAGCAGCAAAUGUGGUAAAUGUUUAUUUUUGAUAACAAAAGAUAGCUUAAAGUCACAAGAGUAUAUGAUCACGAAAAACUGAGGACAAUGACAUGCUGCCACAGGUGCUAAUUUAAAAGUGCAAUGAAUAUGGAAGAGAGAUUUCCUAUUUCUUUCCCCACUCACCUAAUAUUAAAGAGAUGUUGAACCAAGUCCAAGUCUUAAUUGAAAAUAAUCUUAAGCACAGUGUAAUUAUGUUGUACAAAUAACUACAUACACAUAUAGUCUGUGGAUAAAAAUGAUUCAAAGAAAGCAAAUAAAUUUUGAUUUUAGACAGUUUCAUAUAUCAUAUACCACUUACAAAUUCUUGUCAGCUACUAAAAUAGAGAGGAUUUAUUGGAUAAGUUGAUUUUUAAAAUUAAUCUUUGGAAAUAUGGCAUCAAUAUAAGGGCUUAGCUAAUGUGGUCCGCUGCGCACUGCUUAAUUCUGUGGCUUAGGAAGUGAUCCUUAGUUGCUAUAUUGAGAAAUCAACUUGAAUCCAAGUGAUCCUAAGUAGUUAUUGGAAAGCUAAAUAAAAUUUUCUACUUCAAGAUAUCACACAGAAGUUCUAGAAUACAUAAGGAUGCGCUGGAGCAAAUAUUACAUCAAUGAAGAUGGAUGAAAACAUAGUCAUGGCAACUUCAUUUACCUGCAAAGAACCUGGGGAAACUAGUUCCAUGAGUGACCUUCACAGGAUGACAAACUGCAGUUUUGCUCCUUUUGUUUUCUUUAUAUAAUGCUAAGCUGUUAGCUCUAUUUGCAUCCUUAAUGACAAACAAAAUGAAACAAAACUGAGUUCAAAUUUCCAGCUCUAGAGCUGAAUCUUGACAGAAUCAGAGGACAAAUUAAAGAUUUUCUUCUGGACACCUAACCAUUUGCUUUUAGAGCUACGGUAGAACUAUAUACGACAAUUACUCACUUGGUUUGGAGAAAAUUAUAACCAAGACAACCCAAAACAAAAAAUAAGUGACUUACAAGACUGAAUCAACAGAUUAUUAGAAUCAAUACUACAGGUGGUGGAUAUUUAAACCUUGAAUAAUAACAAUCAAGUGGCCUUUCUUAAAUGUCUCCUUUGACGUAGAAAAGGCUGGACUUUGCAUCUAGAGGGAUGCUAACUGCUUAGCGAGCAAAAUAUGAGCUCCCCCAAAUAUGGUGUAAUAACUUGCAAGACCAAAUUAUGCAUCAAAAAGUGCAGAAGGAUAUUUAAAAUUGGAAGUAACCUUUUCUAUUUGAUGAAUUCAGCUGUCUCUUCAUUUUCCAUGACGUCCUAAACUAAAUUCAGUGAAGGACUGUAAGAAUCAAGUUAUUACUAAUACUCUUAUAAAAGAAAGCCCAGUUAAAUAUAGUAAUGUCAAUAUAUGGCAAAUUCAAAUUAAAUAAUAAUUCUAAAUAACUGAUGGAUGGUACACAUCUCACAGGAUAUUUACGUAUACAAUGUCUGAUGUUUUAUUCUUAACAGGUGUCAGAGAUAUGGGAUGUUUUUACUCAACAUGCACAAAAUAUGUAUUUUGUAUCAUAAAUCUAUUUAAAAAACAGGUUACAAUGUUUAUGUAGUUAUGUAUUACAUAUUUGUUACUUUGUAGAGGCAAAUAGCAUUCCCUAUCCUGGUACAUUAUUUUUCAGCUACAGUACUAAGUAAACUUUUUCUUGGUUGGGGUAGUAACCACACAGUCUUCAAUCACUAAAGAGACUGUAUUUUUUUAUAAUAUCAAUUGAACUAUGAAGAAAAUAACACUCCUUAUAAUUAGAAAUUUCUUGAAAGCAAAUGUUUUGCAUAUCCAGCUGAAGGUACUGUGGAUUCCAGGUCAAACCGUUAAAUAUAUUGUAUACAAUCUGUAUAUAUACUAUAUAUAAUGGUACAUAACGUGUGGAAGGCACAGUCAGAUAAUAGUUCUGUGUACUGUUCUUGUAACAUUAGAUCUUUUUAAUAAAUAAUUCUGUUUUUAUUGACUUUUA